AUGCCCUACUUCUGGCUCUUUGCUACUGUCGCUGCUUUCGCCUCUGGCCCUCUGUGCCCAUUUGUCCUGCUCUUUGCCUGCAUAUUGCAGUUGCUUAUCGCUUUCCCUGUUACCGUCGCCUCGUUAUUUUGCUUGUUCAUGUUUUUCGUUUUCUUUCAUGAUCCCCUUGUUGCCUUUUGGCAUUCUCUUGUCGACGUUUGGGUGUGGUGUUCGUCUGACUGGGAUCCACGUAUUUUGCAAGCAAUGCGUGAUAAUGAAGAAGCAACCAAGUUCGUGAUGGAAGCCCGUGCAUUUUGGAAGGUGGUUGAUCUCGCAGGUGCUCCUCUUUAUGACGUUGCCGAUAUUGAGGGCCCUGCUGCUGAUGAGAUCGUUUCUGCUCGUGGUGAUGAGUCCGUUUUUGGUGUUGCUCCCGUUUUUGGUGAUGUCUCGUUUGCUCCUGUUGUUCGUCGUUCUGGUGUUUCUGCUGCUGGUGUUGGUGUCGCUGCUGCUUCUGCUCAUGCUCGUUUCGAAGGUGUUGGUGCUUCUGGUGUUGGUCGUGGACCUGUUUUUGGUGUUGAUGACGAUGUUGCUUUUGCUGGUGUUGCUCGUGAGGUGGUCCCUGCUCCUGGUGAUGAGGAUGCUGCUGUUGCUUUCGGUGUGGAGGGUGAGGAUGCCAUGGACGAGCUUGCCUUCCUGUUUGACCACUUAACCGUGGAUGAUCCUCUCGACGAGGACGCCUAUAUGGCUCCUCCCUUUGAUCGUCGUUACAUGGAACCAACUGAUUUGAUGGAACUUGACGAUGACUUGCUCUCGGUCAUGUCAGUUCAUAUGGAAAACUCUCCUUUCUUUCAAGAUGACGACGAUCCCAUUAUGAUCGAUAUGCCCUCUCCUAUCUUACCACCACGACCCGCUACGCCACCUCCAUCACCUCCUCCAUCACCUACGCCAACUCAUAUGGAGGUUGAUACCACACUCACUUCCCCUAUUGUCACUGCUACCGCUUCCACCACAACCACCACAAAUACCGACACCAACACUACGACUAUGCCCACACCUAUUGCUACCAUCACAACCACAACCACCGAUAUCACUCCUACCACCACUCAUUCCGCUACUGCUGUUGUCACUUCUCCUCCUCGUACUGUCCUUAAUCCCGCCAUGUCAUUCAUUCAAGCACGCAUCCAACAACUCCGCCAAUCAAACCGUCCUCGCACAACACCAUCAUCUAAUCCCGCAACAUCCUCUUCUACUGCCACGGUUACCACUUCCUCUCGUCCUCUGGUCAAUACCACUAUGCCACCACCACCACCUCGACCACGACGCAUCACUCUCACCGUCACACCACCUACCACAUCAUCAACAUCGACCACCACUUCCACUCGUUCUUCCACUGGUAUUGUGCGACCAGAUAUGCCACCACCUCCUCCACGACCACCACGAGCAAUCGCAACACCUUCUUCUUCUUCUUCCCGCUUGACAUCCUCCUCAUCAUCAUCUAAUUCCGCCACAAAUUCAUCACGUCUUGAAUCCGCCCAACCACCACCACCACCACAACAACAACAACAACAACCUCCUACCACCACAACCGCAACAUCCCCACCAUUAUCCUCCGAUGUGCUGGAAGCACAAAAGGCCCUUGGCCUAUUUGAUUGA